CUGAGCGCAUGCGCAGAGCGGAGCGGCAUGUCCGCUGAAGAUGCUUUUACAGGUUUUGGAUGCGAGAUCGAGGGAAAAAAGAAAAGAGAGAACAUGGAAGUCCCUCGCUGCAAGAAGCUGCACCCGAGAUAAUAGUGGAACUGUGACUCCCUACGAGAGACUAAAAAGGGAAAUAAUAACAGUCAGGGAAAAGCUGAACCGAAAGAACGCUGGAGUUACAUGCUAGCCCGGAGACGGCCUUACUCAUCAAAUUUUAAUCUCUGUGCUUUGACGACUUCACCACCUUUUGUGUAUCACAGCAGAAGAUUGGGUGGUGCAAAAGCAUUCUGGAAGCACAUGGAAGACCAUGAAGUGGACUUUGUGUUUGAACAGCUGCUGAAGGUGAUCUUGACCCUCAAGCAGAAGAUCAAGGAUGGCACGGCAACCGAGGAAGAAUACUUCAAGGCUUUAGCUCUUGUGACCCAAGCAGACUUGAAGGACAUCCUGCCCCUGCCAAACGUAAACAGAGUUGAGGAAGAUACCCAGACGUGUGAACCUGGCUUACAGCCUUCUCAAUCAGCUGAAACUACAGGAAGCCCAGAAGAUAAUUUUACUUUGACAGCAAAAGGAUCGGCAGUAAAGGAGGUGACGUCUCCAAGGAGUACAAGAGAUCCAGCAGAAGCAGCAGAAGCGCCUUCAAGACUCCCCUUCCAGCCGCACACCUGCUCUCAAGAAUGUCUCGUCAAAAGGCCAUGGAGCUGCUACAAAGGCGGGAACCCCUUGAACCUGCCCUUGCUGUGCCACUUCCGGAGGAUGCACGCAAAAGCGGACCUGCCCUCUAAGAAGCAGGACGUGGUCUACAAAGCCCCCUGCGGGAGGAGCCUGAGAAAUUUUGAAGAGGUUCAGGAUUACCUGCUUCAAACCGAGUGCGACUUCCUGUUUCUGGACCACUUUUCUUUCAACACGUACGUCCAGGUGUUCAGAAACUUCCCUCGCCGUAAGGGACUUGUGUUUGAUUACGACAUCAGCAAAGGAGCGGAGGCCACGCCGGUGUCCUUUUGCAACGAGCUCGACCGCGAGCGGCUGCCGUACUUUAAGUACCGCAGGACCUCUUGGCCCCGCGGAGUCUUCCUGAACAAUUUAUCCAGCACCUUCCUCGCCUCGUGCGACUGCACCGACGGCUGCAGGGAUGAGACCAAAUGUGCCUGCCAGAUUCUCACACUGAAGAGCUGCAAAGAAAAUUCUGCUUCUCCAGGAAGGGAAUCCUUGUAUGGAUACAAGUAUAAGAGGCUGGAUGAGCCCAUUUCCAGUGGAAUUUACGAAUGCAGCUUGGCCUGCGGUUGCGACAAGGCGAGGUGCCAGAACAGAGUUGUCCAGCAUGGCCUUCAGGUCCAGCUGCAGGUCUUCAACACGGAGAAGAAGGGCUGGGGAGUGCGUUGCCUUGACAACAUCGACAAAGGAACGUUCGUUUGUACGUACGCAGGCAGGUUGAUGAGCAGAGCUGAACCUAGGCCGGAGGAAGGUGCCAAAGAGAAAAAUACGGAGAGCCCUGACCCAAGGAACACUUUAUCUUCAAAGAAGAGAAAGGUGGAUUCCUUAUGUUCUGACUCAGAGAUCGAAUUUGUCCAGACCAGUAAAGACACCGCCGGUGGAAAGCACAAAGUCUCGUCGGCAGAAGCUGGAGACCCACCAGACGGGACGCGGAGCUGUGACUGUAUCGGCCGGAAUGACGAAAGGAUGAAAAGACCCCAAACAAGAACUUCAGUCCUUCAGAGAUGUCGGAGACAGCUGGCAAUCGCUGAUGCCACUUCUUCCGAAGAAGAGAGUCCCGUGUGCCACAGAUCAGCAAGGAGACGACUGAUCAUGGAAACGAGGAAAGGGAAUCAAAAACAGAGCACGCAAGGAGAGUUCAGAGGACCAGCAACCACCAGGCUGUCGGAAGGCAAUGCAGCCUGCCCUGACGGGAAUCCCCUUUCCGAUCCCAGCUUGUCCAGCACGCCUGUUCGGCAGGAUGAAGGGAGUGUUAAAGAGGAGAACACAGAUCUCUUCAGCACAGACAGCGUACCCAAGGGGGAAAACAGGAGUAGCAGACAAGAACCGGCUCAUCUGGAGGCCGCAGAAGAGAAAGAGUCUUACAUGAGACAGUUCAGCGGAGAGGAUCUUUGUUUACUAGACGCCACCGAGGAAGGCAACGUGGGCAGAUUUCUCAAUCAUAGCUGCUGCCCGAACCUCUUUGUGCAGAGUGUGUUUGUCGAGAGCCACGACAAGAAUUUCCCCUGGAUCGCCUUCUUCACAAACAGGCAUGUAAAACCGGGAACUGAACUCACGUGGGACUACGGUUACUUGCCUGGAAGUAUACCGGAGACAGAGAUCCCCUGUCAGUGUGGGUCUCGUCAGUGCAGGAGAAAAAUCCUAUAGUAUGCUUUUGAAGUCAUUCUUCCAGGCCGAUCCGCACUUUGUUCACGAGAAAGAAGGACUCUUGGGUUACUGGGGCCAGUUGGGACCAAUGUGUUUAUGACGUGGUAAGAGAAGCUGUCGUCUGACUGGCUCCUUGAAAGGUUUGUCACAGAUCCCCUUUUCUGUAUGGGUGUCAGCUCACAGCCCAGGGCCAGGUUUAUCUCGUGUUCUAGCCUAUCACUUGACAAAUGAAACAAAUGAUACUAUGCUAAAUUCACUUAGAACAGAUCUUCUCAGAGAAGUAUUUUAGUCUAGUGGACAGCCAGUGGUAAAGUCAGAUUAGGACAGGGAUGGCGAACCUUUUCAAAACCGAGUAGCCAAAUUGCAACCCCAAACCCACUUAUUUAUCGCAAAGUGCCAACACGGCAAUUUAACCUCAACACUUA